GUAGGGACGGUACGUUCGAUUUACCGUCUCUGUGUCGGGACGCCGCGCCAAGGACUGCUGGCACCACAGGCCCGGGGAAAGAUCGAAGUCACCUUGCCGGAAGCCCAUCACGUGGUGGAUGGCCUCGAGGCUUACUCGCACGUCUGGAUUAUCUUUAUGUUUCAUCUCAACACGCGUCCGAGUCACCGAAGGAAGCAACCGACCAAAAUAUCUCCACCCGCCUUGGGUGGGCGUGGUAAGGUCGGAGUUUGGGCCACGCGCUCCCCACAUCGACCCAAUCCGAUUGGUAUCACUCUGGUGAGACUAGAUCGGGUAGAGACCGCCCCCAAAUACGUUUCCGGCCAAAAAACAGUACACGUCACUUCCUUGCAUGUGUCAGGGUUGGAUCUAGUCGACGGCACACCCGUGCUCGACGUGAAACCCUAC